AUGGUGCCCUCCGCACGAGUGGCAACCUUCCUCCUCGUGUGCGCCCUGCUGUGUCUGGCACCAACAAUUGGAAGAGAAAAAAACGCGCCAAAAAAAGAAGAAAACCUCUUGCAAAAGUUAAGGAACAAAUUAAUAAACUACAUUGCAAGCAAGAAAAAGUUUGAUUCGAACGGAUGGGUAGACUUGUCGCUACUCCAAGGGGAGAGGUUCCAACAAAUCGACCUACGUAUCGAAGAUAACAAGGUUCUUUGCAACUCCAACAAUCAGAUUCUCGAAGUGGCUGUGGUGAAACAGAAGUUGCUAGGGGACACGGGCGAUGCGUCCUAUCAUGAGUUAACAGUGCAAAGUAAGAAGGUUGCCCCCAAUGCGAAUCUGCUCACCAGAAUCCCGUUAAUGCAGAUGAGAUUGCAGAAACAUCAGGGGGAGGGAACCGCACUUGUAACGGGAUUAAGGUUGCCCUCCCUGCGCGGAUGGAACUCCUUCAACGGAUUUCCCUCCUUCAACGGAUUGCCCUCCUUCAACGGAUUGUCCUCUCACGCAUUGCCCCCCAAUUUCGAAGGCUACAUCGUAUGCACAAAGAAAGACACAAAUGCUCUGCUCGUUCCAAAGACAGUGAAACCGGUCCAGUUCAUGUCAGGCCCAUGGAAGGUACGAGUAAGCAUAGACUUCUAUCGAUGCCCACUCUCCAAAUUUGGAAGAAUAUUCCAGCUCACCAUAAUCGACGAAGUAAACGUUUUACUGAACAAUGAAAAGACCUUCAUCUGGCCAAUCCCUCUUACGUCCUUUUCCCAAGUGUACGAUUUCCAUUUAGCUGUAAGGGAAUGUAAAAAAGGGAAAUUUUGCGAGCUAGAGAAGACAGCAAACAAGGAUGGAAACAAUGGCACUCUUAAAUUGAACUGCCCCAAUUGGGGGAAGACAAACAAACUUACCUUAGCGAAUGCAUUGCUCCUUUCAGCCUACCUUGGCAUGAGCAUCACCCAUAUUUUGUCCUACCCCUACAUGAACUUAUCAAAGGAAGAUUAUAUAAAUAGAAAGUACCAUGAAUUUUUAGGGGAUUCUCCAAGGAGCCCCAAACGAGUUAUAAAGGCCUCCUACCUUAGUGACCAGUAUGAGGAGGAAGAAAACAGAACUUCGCUAAAGAGGGUGAGUCUUAUGACGAACUUACUCUUCCUAGGAGGAGCAGGACUUGCCAAUGCUGCCUAUGGGGUUAAAACUCUCCUAGAUAUCGUCAAAAAUCUGAACAGCAUAAAUGACGAGUUUGAAAGGGGCUUCUUUUUCUACCCCUGGGAGCUGCGCUACCCGCAGAUAUACCUCGCCAUAGAGCAACCAGUAAGGAGCGACAAAAAAGCACAGCCAAACGGGGAAGCGGCGAAUGACAGCAAAGUAGAGACGACGUACGAGACAGACGCUAUUCAGAUAGUCCAAACGGGAAACAUAAAGGGCAACGAGGCGGGAAGGGAGGACAGCGACGAGCAGCGAGACAAACAAGCAAACGGAGAGGACAACAGACAGGCCACUGGAGGGGGAGGACUAACCCAACCGAAGAACAACAAAGGUGAGAAUGACAGCCAAGCCAAGGAUUCCAAGGUACCCCCCAAAGAAAACAAACCCAGCAUCGUAAAAAUCUUCGAACAAAAUAUUAUGGGCAAUUAG